CCACUUAAAAUACGGGCUGAAAACCAAGGUCUUUUAUUUUCAGAAAAUCAAGAAAAGCAACAUCUGGUCCAUAAAGCACAUGAGCAUCCAUGGUGUCGAAUAAUUAUUUGUACAGAAGAAUAUACAAGUAAAACUUGUGGAUUCUGUAGUUACAUCUACCACAAGCUAGGUGGAUCUAAAGUAUUUCGUUGUCCUAAAUAUAAAACAGAACUUGAUAGAGAUAUUAAUAGUGCUCGCAAUAUUCUUCUUCGCUACCUUACUAAAAAUAA